AUGAAUGCGCCAAUUGCACAAUUUGGACAUGAUAAUUCAGCACCUUAUAAUUCAAGUACUGCGGCACUAUCUCACCACCCUAUUUCCAGUGUACAGAUUCACACCUCAAACAACAACAAUGACCUGAAUUUAGGACUCGAAGACCUGAUGGAAAUGGAUGGUGAAGAGGAUGCAGAUGGUGAAACAGAUGAUGAUGAGAACAACAAAGACAAUCCAGAAGGAGAGGUGUCAGAUGAUGAGUCGGAGAAAGAUGAUAAUGAAUGGGGGGAUUAUACAACUGAUGAUGAAGAAAGUGGUCAAAUUGAUGGAGACUGGCCUCCUCAAGGUAUGUUCAACCUCCGAGAAGUUUGGUUUUAA